GCUGACCCUCCGCCUGUCCAGCCGGCAGUCCACAGGAUGUUCCCGAGACGCCGUCUCCAGCCGACAUCCCCUCCCUCGGGCCACCCUCGGGUCAGGACCCAGGCGUCCAGGGCAGCAGGGGUGGGGCUGAAGCGUUAGGGGGGUACCCUGUCAGGGCACGGGAAUGAGGGUGGGGGGGCAGGGAGGCGACGGGCCCAACAGGUUCCGCCUCAUUCCUGCCCCGCCUCCCACUUCCUGGGUGCCCGCCCCGGGCAGCGGGUGGACGGGAUGAACCCCACGGCCUCAGAGCGCCUGGGUGGGGCACGGCCUGCCCAGCAAGGACUCGCUUCUACCCGGCGCCCUGACACCCUGGCCUGAGAGGAGGAGCCCGACGCCACCCCUGUGCCCAGCCCUGGAUGCAGAACACCCCGUCUGUCACCUAAUACCCACAGCAACCCCACGAGCAGGCCGUGAUUAUCCCACAUUUUCACAUGGGGAAACUGAGGCCCAGACACCAAGAGGGCGAGGCAGGAUUCGAACUCAGCUCUGUGUGCUACCCAAGACCCCAGGCAGCUCACCCACCGCUUCCCCCCCCUCCUCCAAAACUGGUACAUGCGGCCUGGGGAGUAUGAACUCAGGCCCCCAUGAGGCCCGGCUCAAGGGGGCGCCCGGCGCCGCGCUUGCUCUGAGUCAAAAUGGGCCCCUGGAUGAAAUGAAUAAGAAAACGGCUUUAACCGUUUCGUCGCCACGACGGGCUCUGCCAAAACUUCCUGUGGGCUGGGGGGGAGGGGCUGGGUUCCCAGAGGCCUGCGGGGUGCAGGGGGGCAGCUUUGCCAAUUCUGGGCACGGGGUGGGGGCAGAAAGCGCCCCUAGUGACCUUAGCGAGGGUCCGCUAGGGAGGCGGCAGCCUCACCGCCCGCCUUCCCCCAGUGCACCAGGUCCCCAGAACUUGGUUCUCAGCCCCCACGGCCUGGAGGGGGGUCCCAGAGUCCGCAGCCCCCUCCCCAGGGGCCUGAGUCACACGCGGGGAAAGCCGAGCGAGGGGUCUACGUGGAAAGAACAGGUGAAGCCACGCCCCUCUGUGGCUGGCUCACGUGGGGCGAGGGCACAGUUGCAGACGUUCCACGUUUCGCCCCCCUGUGCCAGCCCCCAGGACCUGAGCAGCGGCCUCGCCAUAGCCUAUGUGCUGAACCAGAUAGAUCCCUCCUGGUUCAACGAGGCAUGGCUCCAGGGCAUCUCAGACGACCCAGGUCCCAACUGGAAGCUGAAGGUCAACAAUUUGAAGACGAUCUUACGCAGCCUGGUGGAAUACUCCCAGGAUGUCCUGGCGCACCCUGUGUCAGGACAGCACCUCCCAGAUGUAAGCCUCAUCGGCGAGUUCUCAGACCCUGCUGAGCUCGGCAAGCUGCUUCAGCUAGUGCUGGGCUGUGCUAUCAGCUGCGAGAAAAAGCAGGAGCACAUCCAGAGAAUCAUGACCCUGGAGGAAUCGGUUCAGCAUGUGGUGAUGGAAGCCAUCCAGGAGCUCAUGACCAAAGACACCCCCGACUCCCUGUCGCCAGAGACAUAUGGCAACUUCGACAACCAGUCCCGCAGGUACUAUUUCCUAAGUGAGGAGGCCGAGGAGGGGGACGAGCUUCGGCAGCGCUGUCUGGACCUGGAGCGGCAGCUGGUGCUGCUGUCGGAGGAGAAGCAUAGCCUGGCGCAGGAGAACGCGGCGCUGCGCGAGCAGGUGGGCCGGCCGGAGGGCGAGGGCGCCGCGGGUCUCACUGCCAAGAAGCUGCUGCUGCUGCAGUCCCAGCUAGAGCAGUUGCAGGAGGAGAACUUCAGGCUGGAGAGUGGCCGGGAGGACGAGCGCCUGCGCUGCGCAGAGCUGGAGCGGGAGGUCGCCGAGCUGCAGCAGCGGAACCAAGCGCUGACCAGCCUGGCCCAGGAGGCGCAGGCCCUGAAGGACGAGAUGGACGAGCUGCGGCAGUCCUCAGAGCGCGCCGGGCAGCUGGAGGCCACGCUAACCAGUUGCCAGCGCCGCCUGGGCGAACUGAGGGAGCUGCGGCGGCAGGUGCGGCAGCUGGAGGAGCGCAACGCGAGCCACGCCGAGCGCACGCGGCAGCUGGAGGACGAGCUGCGCAGGGCCGGCUCCCUCCGCGCCCAGCUAGAGGCGCAGCGGCGGCAGGUGCAAGAACUGCAAGGCCAGCGGCAAGAAGAGGCCAUGAAGGCCGAGAAAUGGCUAUUUGAGUGUCGCAACCUGGAGGAAAAGUAUGAGUCAGUGGCAAAGGAGAAGGAGAGGCUGUUGGCAGAAAGGGACUCCCUGCGGGAGGCCAAUGAGGAGCUGCGCUGUGCCCAGCUGCAGCCGCGGGGGUUGACCCAGGCUGACCCCUCGCUUGAUCCCACCUCACCUGCCGUGGAGAACUUAGCAGCGGAGAUUCUACCUGCAGAACUCAGGGAGACGCUCCUGCGGCUGGAGCUGGAGAACAAGCGGCUGUGCCGGCAGGAGGCGGCCGACCGGGAGCGGCAGGAGGAGCUGCAGCGCCACCUGGAGGAGGCCAACCGCGCGCGCCACGGGCUGGAGACUCAGCACCGGCUGAACCAGCAGCAGCUGUCGGAGCUGCGGGCCCAGGUGGAGGACCUGCAGAAAGCCCUGCAGGAGCAGGGGGGCAAGACCGAGGACGCCAUUCCCAUCCUGCUGAAGCGGAAGCUGGAGGAACACCUGCAGAAGCUGCAUGAGGCGGAUCUGGAGCUGCAGCGGAAGCGUGAGUACAUUGAAGAGCUGGAGCCGCCCGCCGACAGCAGCACAGCCCGGCGGAUCGAGGAGCUGCAGCACAGCCUGCAGAAGAAGGACGCGGACUUGCGGGCCAUGGAGGAGCGCUAUCGCCACUACGUGGACAAGGCGCGCACGGUCAUACAGACCCUGGAACCCAAGCAGCUGCCACCCAAGGGGCCACCCCUGGAACUCCAGUCCCUGAGGACGCAGCUCCGGGAGCGAGAUGUCCGCAUCCGACACCUGGAGAUGGACUUUGAGAAAAGUCGAAGUCAGCGGGAACAGGAAGAAAGGCUGCUCAUCAGUGCCUGGUAUAAUAUGGGCAUGGCCUUGCAGCAGCGAGCUGGGGAAGAGCGGGCACCUGCCCACGCCCAGUCAUUCCUGGCGCAGCAGCGGCUGGCCACCAACGCUCGCCGUGGACCCCUGGGACGCCUGGCAUCUCUGAACCUCCGCCCUGUCGACAAGCACUGACACACCUCAGGGUCCUGCCGCCUUCCCCCGCCAGCCGGGGCUUCAUCCACCCUGGAGUCUUCCAAGUCACUUGACAUCUAGAAUCGGGGCCCAGCCAGCUGCUUGAGAGUCUUGAGGCCAUGACCUCUGGCCUGUGCUCUCCCAGACUGGGGAGUGGGGAGGGCAGGUGGCAGGUACAGGCCCUGUCCUUUUUAGCAAUGUGAUUUUUAUCCUUGAUUUUCUCCCCGGAGUUAAUGUGCUAUCUGGGGAGAGUCUGAUUUUAUAUUUGAGAAGAAGAAUAAAGACUUUCAAUCUGC